UCAGUGAUGGCGGCUGCGUUGUUAGCUCGCUCGGGAAAUCAAACUAAAUGGUACUUUACUCGCGAACAAAUUCAAAACAGCCCGUCCAGGCGAGCAGGACUGGAUCCAGAUAAAGAAUUAUCGUACCGACAACAGGCCGCGAAUCUCAUCCAGGAUAUCGGACAGCGCCUCAAUGUAUCCCAGCUCACUAUUAACACUGCCAUCGUCUACAUGCAUCGAUUCUACAUGAUUCAGACAUUCAUUCGCUUCCACCGCAAUGCAAUUGCUCCUGCUGCACUUUUUUUAGCAACAAAGGUAGAGGAGCAGCCCCGCAAGUUAGAGCAUGUGGUUAAGGUAGCCAAUGCAUAUCUCAAUCCUCAGGAUCCUUCUUCUGAUGUCAGAAAAACUACUUUCCAGCUUCAAGCCCAAGACGUGGUCGUUCUUGAGAACAUUAUACUCCAGACCCUCGCUUUUGAAAUCAGAAUUAACCACCCUCACACACAUGUUGUCAAGUGUACAGAGCUUGUACGAGCGAGUAAAGACCUCGCCCAGACAUCUUAUUUUAUGGCAACUAACAGCCUGCACCUGACCACAUUCUGUCUGCAGUACUGUCCAACUGUAGUUGCCUGUGUAUGCAUUCACUUGGCCUGCAAAUGGUCCAACUGGGAAAUUCCAGUCUCCACUGAUAGCAAACACUGGUGGGAGUAUGUUGACCCAACGGUCACUCUACAACUGCUAGACGAACUCACUAACGAGUUUCUGCAGAUCUUGGAGAAAACACCCAGCCGACUGAAACGCAUUCGAAACUGGAAAGCACCAGGUCAGUUGGGUAAGAAGCUCAAAGUGCAAGAAGAUGGCGAGAAGACCCAGGUUGUUAUGAACAUGAUUCCCACAGCAUCACCCGAAAGCCCGCUGGCCAGCCUGAUGAGCAUCUCGGCUCCUCUUGCUACAUCGUCCUCUUCCAUGAUCUUAUUGGCAGAAGAGAAGCAGCAGCUUGGCAUCAAAGAACCAGAGCCACCGGUUCCCACUAGAGUGAGUCUGAGCGACUACCGUGCCAAGCAUGCUGACGAGCUUGCUGCACAGAAAAAGAAGCUGGAAAACAUGGAGGCCAGCGUGAAGCGUGAUUAUGCAUCAGCAGCCCAGGCUCUUAUAAGCCAACAGAGGAAGGAGAAGCAUCACCAUCACCAGCAGCUGCAGUCCAGCUCAGGUUCCUCAGAGCCUAUCAUCCUAAAGAUCCCUCUAGAUGAGCGGCAGGAUCGCAGCUCACUUAAAAUCCGCCUGCCAGGGAGCAGCCACGGAGCUGAGCAGAACAUUAAAGUGAAGAUUCGGCUUCCGGACAAAGGUUCUCGUGAGGAGAAGAGGAGCAAAGAGAAGCACAAAGAGCGGUCUAAUCAUCAUCAUCACCACCAUCACCACCACCACUCCUCAAGUAGUGGCUCUUCUUCAUCCUCAUCCUCUCAUAAACAUUCCAGCUCCACCAGUGCCUCCUCAAGUAGCAAAAAGUCCUCAUCAGACUUGAUGAAAUCAAACUCCUCUACAUCCUCCUCCCGAAAACGGACUCACAGCUCUGAGCCUACGGCGAGCUCUCACUCUGCUAAAAUCAGCAAGUCAUCCAGGAACGUGUUCCACCUGCCCACUGAUGUCCUACCAUCACUCGGUAUUUCACACCAUCAGGGAGGCUACUCGCACGGCAAAGUGGACAAGGUUGACACAAACGGGCACGGCAUCAAUUCGGGCGGCCAGUCUAACGAUUACCAGGACACAUUUGAUAUGCUAAAUUCACUGCUGAGCGCACAGGGGGUGCAGCCUGCCCCGCCCCAAGUGUAUGACUAUCACGCGCAGUAUGGUGACUACAGAUUUGCACGUCCGCCCCUCCCUUUAGAACCCCCUCCAGAGCUUCCUCCACUUCCUAAAUGAACCUCUCCGUCAAUAAGGUCAGAGUUAUACUUGCCAUGCCUUACAUUAGGGCUGCACUAUUAUGGGAUGGAUGUUGAAAUCACAAUUAUUUGCCACAAUUACAGAGGCAGUGCUGAACUGCUCCAGAACUAAACACUGCAUCAGUUUAUGACACAUGUGGCCAUUUUAUGCUUAAACCCAACAAAACUGACUAACCAAGACUUACAUGAUUUUAAACAGUCAGUCUGAUUGUAGCUUAGCAACCUGGUUUAGUUGGUGCAGCAGUGUGAUACGCAAAAGCACAUGUUUAUUCGGGUCAGUGAACCGAUUAGUGCCUGAAUUCAUGUACGUCCUAAUUUAGAAGAUCCAGAAGUUUGGUACAUAGAAUGUAAACGUCUAGUAGGUUUGGCCAUUCAGUUUAAACACUAACCACUGCACUCAGACACAUCUACAAGUAUUCACAUUCAUAAUGUCUGCAGCAGCCUAAAGAAAGUAUCUUAAUAUUGUGCUUUCAUUUUAAUGAUGUGCACAGUCGGCUCACUAGCGACUACAGGACAUAAACAGCAGCCUCACAAUAAUGUUGUAAACAGCAAGUAUAACUCUGGCUUGUGUGAACAGUCCCCUUUUUCUGCUGCCUAUUCUGUUCAUACAGUGGAAAAAAACCCCAAAUGCUUCAUUUAAUGUAAAUCUUUUAGGGUUUUAGCCUAUUUUUAUCACUGCCCUACUUUAAAAUUUUUUUUUUUUUUAUUAUUCUCUAGGUCAACAUGUAUGGGUGUCCCCACAGCACAAAAACGUGUGGCAAUAAUGGCUGUGAUGUAAGAUAAAGUUAAAAUGCAGCAAAAAAAAGUACAAAAUUUACGAAAGCAAAAUGUUAUUUAUUUAAAAAAAAUGUACAUACUAUUUUUGUCACACUGUUUUCUAUAUGCAGUAUGUCUAAAAAGUGAAUGGAAUUUGUCUAACAAACCAAGAUGAACUUUAGGGUUCGGGCUGUGAAAAGAAAAUGAAAUGUUUGGUUUUAGAAUUUAACAAUAAGUGACUUUUUUGUAAACUUCUAUUUAUUAAUAGUCUUGGAAAGCAAUCUGGAUUUAUUUUUAUAUUGUUUUUGCAUAGUCAUCCUGUGACAUAUUGCAGCCUGUAUCCUAGCCUACCCACAUUUUUAAAAAAUAUUUCUAUGACAGGUCAGUAGGUGCUUUUUGGUUUUACCCUUGUUAAUCAUGCGAGUUGUCUUUUUUACAUUUUUAAAUAGUUGAAAUGAGUAAGAAUUAUAGACCCUUGUUGGAAAACAGUCAUUGUUUUAAAUGGUUGUAAAUCACAAGCAAAAUCCACAGUUUCACUUUUACAGGUGUACAUUUCUUUUCAUACCAGUUGGAGUUUAAAAUGGACUUUGAGAGAACAUGCCAGACACGAUAACUACACUGCAUGAUUUCAAAGCUGCAUUAAACACUUCAGCAUGUUAUUAUAAUGUCAUAGUUAGUAUAUAGAUCAUCUCGAAAUUACAAGAUUGUAUCUUGUCAUUUAAAAAUGUUAAACAUCUAACAUCUUGUUCAAUCUGACUCAGUGGCGCAGUUGAUUUAACGAUUUACUGCUGGUACUGUACGUUCGGCUUAAGUCACAGUAAAAUCAUAAUGUCGCUGAGCAAAAUAGAUAGUAAUUUAUUAUUCUAAAAUCCUGAACUAAAAAAACUCUAUUGAAGUCCAGCUUGCAAGUAAAGGGUCCAGUGUGAGUACCUCCGUCAGUUAUGCAUCAUUAAAGGAAAUUUUUGCUUGAACAUGACUCUCAAAAUAACAGUUUUGACACAAGAACUCAUAAUAAUGACAUGCUGAAAAGAUUAUUACCCAUCCCUGUUUAGGUCAGUUUAUUUACAAAUAAUAAGUAGUUUAUUACUACUUGUGUGUAAUACAUUUGUGUAGACAAAACUAAAUAUUACCAAAAUGUAGCCGAUGUACAUCAGCUUGAAAUUAUUGCGAGAUCAGCCAUAAGCCAUUACAAAGCUGGUAUCCAAUAUAAAUUCAUGACUGUAUACACAUACUUUGCUUGGAUCUGCUUACCAAAGCUGUGUACAUGUUCGAGAAGUUUAUCCAUAGCUGCUACAUUCAAGUCGAUGAAUUUCACAGUGAAUAAUCAUGACAAUUUAUGUUCAGUCUGUUUAUACACAUGAAACAGGCUACUUUGUAAAAUGACUCCACUUUAUUGCAUUAACAUCAGUGUUUGUCCAUGUCUGAUUAUUUCUACUAGGAUUGAUUGUGAUUUAUCAGAUGCAUAGCAUUAAACAAGCCUUUAAUAACCACUGCAUGCAAAUGAUGCACUGAUCUCUUGAAAAGUAUUAUUACCAGUCAUUCCUCCUGAACUCUUCUGUAACAAUGCAUUACCAAAUACACAAAGCACAUGUGCACACUCCUGAACUUCUGAAUUUAUAGAUGGUGCUGGAGAUGAAGGGGUCGUACCUGAUGUUUCUGUUGGAUGUGAUUGCAGGUAUCAUGGGAUUGUAAAAACAGUAUCGCGGUCUCAUGCAUUGACUAUCGCCGCUGUAUCAUUCAUGCCUGCAAACAAAGAAUGGAUUUUAUCAAGUGUACCCAAUGUUGUCUGUACAGUGGUACCACACAAACUCUCAGGUUUUAGAUUUUGUCUCAGCAAAAGAACAUUUGUGAAUUCUUCGUUUUAUAAAUGUGAUCUCCUGUGUAAAUAAAUGUUUUAUGAGGAAAUGUUUAAA